AUGCAGGGAGAUAACCUCUCAGCAGUGAGCGAGUUCAUCCUUAUCGGCUUCUCCACUUUCCCCCACCUCCAGCUGGUGUUCUUCCUGCUGUUCCUCCUGAUGCACCUGUUCACUCUGCUGGGGAACCUGCUCAUCAUGGCCACCAUCUGGAGCGAGCGCAGCCUCCACACGCCCAUGCACCUCUUCCUGUGCACUCUCUCCAUCUCCGAGAUCCUCUACACCUUCACCAUCAUCCCACGAAUGCUGGCUGACCUGCUCUCCACCGUCCACUCCAUCACCUUCACAGCCUGUGGCAGCCAGAUGUUCUUCUCCUUCACUUUCGGGUUCACCCACUCCUUCCUGCUCACCGUCAUGGGCUACGACCGCUACGUGGCCAUCUGCCACCCUCUGUGCUAUAGUGUGCUCAUGAGUCCUGGUAGCUGUGCCUGCCUAGUGGCCUGGUCCUGGGCUGGUGGCUCAGUCAUGGGGAUGGUGGUGACAAUGGCCAUUUUCCACCUCAUCUUCUGUGGACCCAAUGAGGUCCACCAUUUCUUCUGCCACGUGCCCCCACUGUUGAAGUUGGCCUGUGGAACUGAUGUACCAGGAGUGGCCAAGGGUGUGGGCCUGGUCUGCAUCACCAUCCUGCUUGGCUGCUGUCUCCUCAUCCUCCUCUCCUAUGCCUUCAUCGUGUCCACCAUCUUGUGGAUCCCCUCAGCAGAGGGCCGGCACAAGGCCUUCUCCACGUGUGUGUCCCACCUCACUGUGGUGGUCGUGCACUAUAGCUUUGCCUCUGUCAUCUACCUCAGGUCCAAGAGUCCCCAGUCUCUGGAAGGAGACACCCUGAUGGGCGUCACCUACACGGUCCUCAUGCCCUUCCUCAGCCCCAUCAUCUUCAGCCUCAGGAACAAGGAGCUGAAUAUCGCCAUGAGGAAGAUAUUCCUCAGCAAGCUCUACCCAGAGAAAAUGUGA